GAAAGAUAUCGUUAUGUUCGAUCUACAAUAAUUGUUCCGAUUAUCCAGAAGUCGAUGCGUGGGCUAUAAUCGAAGUUCGUUACUGGUUCGUUACGUUCCAAGGGGUGCCAAGAGUUGUGGUUAGUGCACUUUGCAUUGGAAUUGAACACGCAACCUGUGUGCUCUAUAGAGCUUGAUUAAUUUGAUGGCUAAAUAGUUUCUCUGUUAAUUAGUGAAAAGUCUGGAGGAUUAUUGAAUGACUUACAUUCUUAGAUAAACAAUUCAGGUGCCCGUUUCAAAAAAUUUUUUUGACGAUAUGGCGAUGUUAGCUGAACCUCGUAGUAAACAGAAAUGGAUUUUAAACCCACGAGGCAACCAAUGGAGUGAAGACUCCUGCAAAUUCGGCCAGAAGAUGCUGGAAAAGAUGGGAUGGACAAAUGGCAAAGGUCUCGGAGCCAAUGAGCAGGGAAUGACCGAGCAUAUCAAGGUCAAUUUUAAAAAUAAUCAAUCAGGUAUUGGCUUUAAAGAUUCUGGAGAACAUUGGACUCAGCAACAAGCUGAUUUCAAUGAUUUUCUAUCUCAGCUACAGAAACAAAAUUCAAACUCCUAUUGUCAUCUUCAAGCAAAAAUUGAAGAUAUUGAACCGGAAGCAGAAUCAUUAGAAUUGAAAUCCAAGCAGAGUCGAGCCCGAUUACACUAUCAAAAAUUUAUCCAGGGUAAAGACGUCAAGAAAUACAGUUCCAAAGAUCUUGCUAAUAUAUUUGGACAAAAGGAAUUGAUAGAUGCUAAUAAAGCUUCAACUGUUGUGGAACUGGUCAAUGAGAUUAAUCCAGAACCAACUGGGUCCGAAGAUAGAACUGCUGGAGUUCUUACGAUAAAAGGAGGAAAUAUAGAUGAUUACUUUCAAAAUAAGCUAUCAAAUUUAAAAAAAAAACAAAGGACGAAGAUGCGUAUACAAAAAAAUAAUUGUAAUAGCGAACACGACCCAAAAUUAAGAUUUGGGUUCGAAUCUUCGAAAAUUGGGGAUAAUUGUGAUAGAUUUUCUGACUGGAUUCAGAAGACUCAAAUAAAAACUGAAACUAGUGCCACAGGAUCCAGGUUUGCUUUUGCUAAUGAAGGACUUGAUUUGGAAUAUCCAGAAAAAAAAGAUCUUUCAAAGAAUAGAAAUGCUUUCAAAAAUUCUUACCUGGAUCCAGCAAGGUCUAAAAAAAGUAAGAAGAAAUGCAGAAUCACAUUUUCCAACAAAAAAAUUGUCAAUCCCGCAUUGAGCCUCAAUGAUGCGGGCAAUGACAACGACGAUGGUGUAGAGUUUGAGGUUUCUCAUCUAGAUUUUGGUAUCGAUAAUAGCGCACUCGAUUUGUCGGAAGAGAACGGCAGAAAAAGACGUGUAACUUUCAAUGAUCAAGUUGAGUACAACACUGACGUUAUCAGAAAGAAAAAAAAGAAGGAUAAGGGCAAAGGUAAAUUAGAUAAAUUUGAAGUCGAUAAUAGCAAGCUUAGAAAGAAAGUAAAAGAUACCGUUAUGCCGAUUGAAACUAUAUCUAUGGAGGAAGCCCCAGGAUUUAUCAAUGAAGCAUUAGACAUUGAAGCAAUUAACGAAGAAAUAUGUGACAAUGAAGUAAACGAACAAAGAACUAAAAGAAGUAAGCGUCAAAAGUAUUGCAGGGAAUCGAAUUUGGAAACCAUUGAAGAGAUUUCAGAAGAAAAUCGCCAACUUGAGGAUUCUGAGGUUGGAGAAGUGGUGUUACUUGAUAAAGGUCUUUCCAAAAAUGCAAAUAUCAUUCAACAAAAUUCCAGGGCUAACACAAACUUUGAGUCUAAUUCGUAUAUUACUGAGUCAGUAAUUGAAUCCACAAUGAUAGGCAGGAAAGAAAAGAAAGCAGAACGUGGCGAAAUGAUAGCGGAACUUCCAAGUAAUAUUAAAAACGUAAAAGAAGAUGAACCUGAAAAAAUCCGGAAAAUUGAUGGAUCAGAUAGUGAUGACGUAAUAGUGGAAUUAAUUGCGCCUAUUGAGAGGAAAAAGAGAGCUAAAAGACAUCGAAAAUCAAAAGGCAAAGGUACUAAUGAUUUUUCUAUUGUAUUUGACGAUGCAGCUUGUGAACCAGACAUCGCAAGAAGUGGCACUGCGACCAAGAGAAGACGUAGUGAUAUUGAUGGUGUACGAAAAAAAAAGCCAGAAAUGGAUGAAUCAGUAGCCACAGAGAAUUCUGAAAAUCUAAACCGAAAUAAAUUUGUGACUCGAAUGCCGAAUACAAAAGGCAAGAAGUCAAGGAAAAUAUUCAAAUCCCUUUUUGCCAGGGCUCCAACUUUAUAUUUCUCAGGUUCAAAUAUUAACAGAAUGGCAGGCUACGGCGCUGACCAUACAAAAAUGCCCGAUAUUUAAUCAAUUUCUAAUAAUAAAUCCUAAUGCUGGCAAUUUAUUUAUACCAAUAUUCACUUGUUGGUUUUCAUGACCAUCAUUAUCGCUGCUCUUAUACAUUGAAUAAUACACUAUCUGUACAUCUUUAAUGCAAGUGUAUAUUUAUAUUAUUGCUGAAUUUCUUUUUUUUUUUUCUAAUAAAAUAGGUAUUUCAAAACGUACCAAAA